AUGGUCACAACUCAGAGCAGACAGAAGUCUUAUGCAGACCUAAAGCGCAGGCAUGUUGAGUUUGUUGUUGGUGAUCAUGUAAAUCAGUGUGUGACUCCAAGGAAAGGAAUCUUGGUGAAGUGGUUUGGUAAGAAGGGAAAGAUAAGUCCCAGAUAUGUCAAACUUUUUGAGAUUUUGGACAGAGUGGGAAAUGUGACUUACAGGGUAGCUAUACUACCAUCAUUGUCCGGGGUGCACAACGUAUUUCAUGCGUCACAACUUCAGAAAUAUGUGUCCGACCCCUCGCAUGUGCUUAGCUAUGAGACCUUGGGUUUGCAGGAGGAGUUGUCAUUCGAUGAGCAUUCAGUGAAAAUACUCGAUCGAAAGGACAAAGUCCUAAGAAAUAAGACCAUUUCCUUGGUGAAGGUAUUGUGGAGGAACAAUUUUGUUGAUGAGGCAACCUUGGAAUUAGAGUUCGAUAUGCAGCAGCAAUAUCCCGGGUUGUUUGAGUAA